CCAUGGAGCUGCCGCAGCGGACCCAGCGCAGCCAGGCGCGUUCGGGAUGAGCUCAGCUGCGCGGACCUCUGGGCGUGGUUGUUGGUGCUCAGUUUUGUGUUUGGGUGCAAUGUUCUUAGGAUCCUCCUCCCGUCCUUCUCAUCCUUCAUGUCCAGGGUGCUGCAGAAGGAUGCGGAGCAGGAGUCACAGAUGAGAGCAGAGAUCCAGGACAUGAAGCAGGAGCUCUCCACGGUCAACAUGGUGGACGAGUUUGCCAGGUACGCCAGGCUGGAGAGAAAGAUCAGCAAGAUGACGGAUAAGCUCAAAACCCAUGUGAAAGCUCGGACAGCUCAAUUAGCCAAGAUAAAAUGGGUGAUAAGUGUGGCUUUCUACGUACUGCAGGCUGCCCUGAUGAUCUCACUCAUUUGGAAGUACUAUUCUGUUCCUGUGGCUGUCGUGCAGAGUAAAUGGAUAACCCCUCUAGACCGCCUGGUAGCUUUUCCUACUAGAGUAGCAGGUGGUGUUGGAAUUACCUGUUGGAUUUUAGUCUGUAACAAAGUUGGGGCUAUUGUGCUUCAUCCAUUCAGCUGAACAGGAAGAUGGACACAGCUAUGAGGCUUUUAAAAAUGGAUUUUCUCUUAUUAGGUUAAAUAUCUGAUUUAUACUUUUUUUUUUUUGAAACAAAAGUACACA